UAAAUACUGAAGAAACUCUCCACUACAACACCAACGAUUUUUUUAAAACGAAAAUCAGCUUUGCAGAGAAGAGCUCCCUUUCAAUGGCAAAUCCCAGGCUUCGUGCGUUGACUCGAUGGGGAAAGUGGGCAAAGAAGGAUUGGGCCAUCGCAGCCGUAGGAUUCACCAUCAUCCUCUUUGCUCUCACUCUUCUCUUCGAUUCUCGAAACCCUACCACUCCCGAUCUCUCCGCUCACGAUCUCGUUCCCCUGACUUUGCUGCAUAGGGCCAAAGCUACAGGCGCAUUAUGCUUAGAUGGAAGUUUACCUGGAUACCAUUUCCAGAAGGGCUUUGGAUCUGGCUCUAACAAUUGGCUUCUCCACAUUGAGGGUGGAGGUUGGUGUAAUUCAAUAGAAACAUGCAAUAUUCGAAAAAGAACAGCUUUAGGUUCCUCAAAUUACAUGGACCGUCUGGUCCCAUUUGCUGGGAUUUUAAGCCGUCAACCUUCACAAAAUCCUGAUUUUUAUAAUUGGAACAUAGUUAAGAUACGUUAUUGUGAUGGUGCAUCCUUGGCUGGCCACCCUGAAAGUGAGUUCAAGAAUGGAACAAAGCUUUUCUUCAGAGGCCAACUCAUUUGGGAAGCAAUUAUGAGUGAACUCUUAUCACUUGGCUUGUCUAAGGCGAAACAGGCACUUCUUUCAGGAUGCUCUGCUGGAGGUUUGGCGACUCUUAUACAUUGCGAUGACUUCCGAGAUCAUCUCCCGAAGGAUGCCAUUGUCAAGUGUCUUGCUGAUGCAGGUUUUUUCCUUGAUGAGCUAGAUGUUCUUGGAAAUCGCACCAUGAGUGCUUUCUACCAUGAUGUUGUCCAACUGCAGGGUGUAGCAAAAAGUUUGCACAAGAAAUGCGUCAGUAGAAUGGAGCCAUCCAAGUGCAUCUUUCCUCAAGAGAUUAUCGAAAACGUUAGGACCCCGUUGUUCAUCGUCAACCCCGCCUAUGAUUUUUGGCAGAUACAACACAUCUUAGCCCCUGCUGGAUCAGAUCCUCAUGGCUACUGGAGAAGAUGCAGAUUGACCAUUAAGGAGUGCGAUUCUACCCAGAUCGGAACAUUACAAGGUUUCCGUAGUUCCCUGCUUAAGGCACUAAGUAAGCUUGAGAAAGACAAGGAAGGGGGUAUGUUUAUAAAUUCUUGCUUUGUUCAUUGCCAAACAUGGAUGGCUGAGACAUGGCAUUCACCCAAUUCUCCAAGAAUCAACGAUAAGACCAUUGCAGAGUCUGUGGGUGAUUGGUACUUCGGCCGUAAACCAUCGAAGGAGAUUGAUUGCCUUACCCCUGCAAUCCCACUUGCUAUAACAUGGACUUCACACGAGGUUUAUGAGACAUGUCUCGAAUACUGAUUAACCUCUGCAACUUCAAAACCACAGCUAGAUAUUAUCCCGAUUUGCAGUUAAAUGAGGACCUCGGAUAUUGAAACACAGUAU